AUGGACAACAUCGACGAGGAAUAUGACCGGCUCGUUGAACACCUUCACGACUGCGCGAAGAAUGCUGAGAGUUCUAAAACCACCAAGAGACGCCUGUCUCUUGAAACUCUUGAGUUGAUACGCCAGCGUGGAGCAGCACGAGCCGCAGGGAACCAAGAACUCACGCCCGAGCGCGCAAGGCUUUACAGAGAGGCGAUAAAGGAAGACCUUAAAGAGAGAAGAGCAGAAGUACUGGCUGAAGCUGCAGAGGCGGGGAAAAGCAUCCGCUAUGCCCGUCGAGACUUCGACAGUCGCAAGACGAGGAUGACUGCUCUCUGGAACCCAAAGGAAUCAGCCAUUGCAUCGAGAAGGGGGAUGGAGAAAAUCAUCUACGACUUCUACUCUGAUCUCUUCGACAGCCAUGUCCACUUGCCUCCUCACCAUCUGAGGGAAGACGGAUAA